UACAAAUAGGUUACAUUUGGUGCAUCAUUAUUUGCAAAAAUGGUGCCAACAUACAUUUUCGCUGUCCUUAUUUUCGUUAGCUGUGUUUUGUGUGAAAAUUGUGUUAUCUACGACUUUGAAGAUGAUUUGGCCAACAACUUCACUUCACAUGAAGUGUGCAACCAGCAACCGUGGGAGCGCAAACUGUACCCAAGCGGUGAAGUGAAUAGUCCACAUAUUAAAAGCACUGCCUUUAUAACUCCAAGUACCGUUCUCAGCUGCAUGACGUCAUCCUUAUUUGCGAUGCAUAAAGAUGGUGUAUUCGAAUUUAACGUAUACACUUCUCUCACAUUGGAUACUGACUUUGUAAAAGUGAUAGUGUAUCAAAAAGAAAUGGAUGGGCCCGAUACGAUUGUCGGAAUUUCAGAAACUAAUCUGGUGGCUGGUAGUUACAAAAAUUCAGCUUGGACCACGCUAAAAGUGAAGUUACUUGGCUCUGAGAGUUUCAACGGUUAUUUCACAAUAUUUGGAAGAGCUUCAAUGGAUUCGUUAAUAGUUAUGGACGCCCUCAAAUACGAAUCACCCUUUUUAGCUAAUGAAAUAUGCGAAAUAUAUGCCGAUGAUGACGCUGACCCUGAUUCUGGAUCAACCGAAAAUUAUCCUGGUUCUUCUGACUCUAAUGAGUCUACUGUUGGCACUGUAUCUACUGAAAGUUAUCCUGGUUCUUCUGACUCUAAUGAGUCUACUGUUGGCACUGUAUCUACUGAAAGUUAUCCUGGUUCUUCUGACUCUAAUGAGUCUACUGUUGGCACUGUAUCUACUGAAAGUUAUCCUGGUUCUUCUGACUCUAAUGAGUCUACUGUUGGCACUGUAUCUACUGAAAGUUAUCCUGGUUCUUCUGACUCUAAUGAGUCUACUGUUGGCACUGUAUCUACUGAAAGUUAUCCUGGUUCUUCUGACUCUAAUGAGUCUACUGUUGGCACUGUAUCUACUGAAAGUUAUCCUGGUUCUUCUGACUCUAAUGAGUCUACUGUUGGCACUGUAUCUACUGAAAGUUAUCCUGGUUCUUCUGACUCUAAUGAGUCUACUGUUGGCACUGUAUCUACUGAAAGUUAUCCUGGUACUUCUGACUCUAAUGAGUCUACUGUUGGCACUGGAUCUACUGAAAGUUAUCCUGGUACUUCCGACUCCAACGAGACUGAUCCUGAUUCUGAAUCUAACGAGAAUCCUGGCGCUGGAUGUGUCACUUACCAGUUCGGUCAAGAUUUCAACAGCUUAUUUUCGAAUGAUGGCGUUUGUAGAUAUUCCGCCAAUUGGUUACUGAGAAACUACACUUCAUUAACAAUAGACAGCCCUCACAAAAACAGUGUCUCAUGCAUAAUACCAGGCAACGGAUGGAGUUGUACAUCGUCAUUUACCUUCCCUAUGUCCGCCGGGGGUAUUUUAGAAGUGGAAGUAUACUUGGAGCCGUUUUCGGCGACAGACAGAGUGCUUGUAACAGUCUAUCAGAUAAAUUCACUUGGAACUGACUUGGUGGUUGGCUCAGCUGCAUCUGAUCGCCAGUUUGGAUGGAGCACUUUAAGGAUACAGUUGGCCGGGGACGGCGAUUACCAUGGACAGGUCACUAUAAUGGGACAAGUUGCUAUAAGAUCUUUGGCUAUAGUAGAUUCAUUUCGCUAUAUUCCUCCUACCGUUGAUGAAAGUCUUUGUAUCGUGUACGAUGAAACACCCGUUAUAUCUCCGACCACAGAAGCCAAUGAAGCUUCAACUACCCCCGAAGUGGAAGAACCAGAUUCGGAGGAGGAUGGAUGUGUUACUUACCAGUUCGGUCAAGAUUAUAAUACCUUAUUUUCGAGUGAUGGAGUUUGUAGAUAUUCUACCAAUUGGCUAUUGAGGAACUAUUCAAUGUUAGCAAUAGACAGCCCUCACGAAGACAGUUUCUCAUGCAUAAUACCAGGCAAUGGAUGGAGUUGCACGUCGUCAUUUAUUUUCCCCAUGUCCGCCGGGGGUAUUUUAGAAAUGAAAGUAUAUUUGCAGCCAUUUUUGGCAGCAGACAGAGUGCUUGUAACAGUCUAUCAGAUAAAUUCACUUGGGACUGACUUGGUGGUUGGCUCAGCUGGAACUGAUCGCCAGUUUGGAUGGAGCACUUUAAGGAUACAGUUGGCUGGAGACGGCGACUUCGAUGGACAGAUUACAAUUAUGGGACAAGUCGCAAUAAGGUCGGUGGUCUUAGUAGAUUCAUUCAGGUACAUUCCACCCUCAUCGAAUGAAGAAAACUGUAAGAUUUACAACUAGUAUUUGUAAAACAAUGAUUCAUGCUAAGUUUAAUUCAUAUUGAUUUAUCUAUGACUUCAAAUACAUCGUUUUUUAACUA